UUUAUUUUGUAAAUUAAUUUUUAACACAAGUAUCUCACCACUUGUGUAGCAACACAUGGUGUAUCAUCCAUAUUCCUGAUACAUUGAAAAAUUCCCAUAAAUUCUCUAAUUCUUGAUUCCUUAGGCCACCUCUCUUUUUUCUCUCACACACAAAGAUGGGAGCUUCAUCAGUAGUAGCUUCUCUGAUGAUGAUCAGCAUCUUCAUGCUUAUCGGACAACUGCAGGCAGAUGCUGCAUUCCAAACACCUUCGAAAUGAACCCUCUUCUUCAAUCUCCAAACUUCACCUCAACUAACUUUACUAUAGAUGCUUCCGGAAGAAGAUUUCGGUUCGGAACCAUUGCUAACAAGAAAGUCAUAUUGGUUAUGACGGGACUCUCACUGAUUAAUGCAGGAAUUACUACUCAGCUUUUGUUAAGCCUCUUCAACAUAGAAGGAGUGGUGCAUUAUGGCAUAGCUGGUAAUGCAAACCCAUCCAUAAACAUUGCCGACGUGGUCAUUCCUCAGUAUUGGGCCCACACUACUCUUUGGAACUGGCAGGUGCCUCCUCUUCCUAAUUACGGCUACAAGUCGCUUUUACCGACUAACUGGAAAUUCACACAACCUCAUUAUUAAUUAGAGAGAUUUUUGAUACGGUUCUUAAUUAUGAAUAUUUUUUUAUUGAAAUUUUGUUGGUUUUUAAUUUUUGAUCAAGGUCUGGAAAUUAAUGUGAUAAUUUAUUUUUAUGUAGGUCACUAUAUUUUUUAAAUUAA